AUGGGCAUGCUGUUGAUCUUUGCCCAAGCCACAUUAAACGGAGAGGGUGUUGUCCGAAAAGGUCGGGAGUGUGAAUUGUGGUGUCAGACAGCUCCUCCGUUACUUCGACAAGUGGCCCACAAGCAAGAAGCAGCUUGGGUUGUGGGGCACUUAGGUGGCAUUCCUGAGGUUUCCUUACCCAAAGAGCCUCCAGUCAGACUCCAGGCUAAGGCUGGAGGUCAGGAGGGCUGGACUCCCUUGAAGGAUUAUAGCGAUGCCAGCAAAGAUUGGAGGGACUCUCAGACUGUCAAGCCUGGAGAAGGUGUGCAUCAGGCUGGGAAUCACUUGGAAAGAAAAGACGGAAGUCAUUUGAGGCAAGAUUCUUCAGUAGCCUUGAGGACUAAAAAUGCUCCGAAGGCUGAAGAAUGGGAGAAGAGCUCAGCAAGAAUUGGGCACAGGAAAUUUCCAAGAAGCAAGCGGGGGGCUGGUGAGUCCCAGGAUACAAGAGAAGCAAGAAAAAGCAAAACUUUCAAGAACAGGCACCGCAUCAGUGUCUUCAAUAUCUCAGUUGAUAGUCAGACCACUCCCUUUCAUGGAGUUGUGGGGAAUGUUGUGCCUCAGGCAUUACCCUUGAAUGGCUCAGCCAGUCACGUGGCAGGAAGGGAACCUGCUGCCCUCAGAAAUGGGACUUUCCAGCCACCUCAUGUGAAGAACCCCUUUUACCCACUGACCCAGGAGUCCUAUGGUGCCUACGCAGUCAUGUGUUUGUCAGUUAUAAUCUUUGGCAUUGGGAUAAUGGGGAACAUGGCAGUGAUGUGCAUUGUCUGCCACAACUACUAUAUGAGGAGCAUCUCCAACUCUUUGCUGGCCAACUUAGCCUUUUGGGAUUUCCUUAUCAUUUUUUUCUGCCUGCCUCUGGUCAUCUUCCAAGAACUCACCAAAAAGUGGCUUUUGGAGGAUUUCUCCUGCAAAAUUGUACCUUACAUUGAGGUAGCAUCUCUUGGAGUAACAACCUUCAUAUGUGCUCUCUGCAUAGACCGAUUCCGUGCUGCCACCAACGUGCAAAUGUAUUAUGAAAUGAUUGAAAACUGCACAUCUACAACAGCCAAGCUGGCUGUCAUAUGGAUUGGAGCAUUACUGCUGGCGCUUCCUGAAGUGGUUCUGCGCCAAUUGACUAAAGACUCUGAAAUCAGUGGGAACCCACCUGUGGAGCGAUGUGUGGUCAAGGUCUCUCCCCACUUACCUGACACAAUAUAUGUGCUAGCCCUUACAUACGAUGGUGCAAGGCUCUGGUGGUACUUCGGCUGUUACUUUUGCUUACCGACACUUUUUACCAUCACUUGCUCAUUGGUGACUGCCAGGAAAAUCCGAAAGGUGGAAACUUGCACCCGUGGGAACAAGCGGCAGAUUCAGCUGGAAAGCCAAAUGAACUGUACAGUGGUGGCGUUGACCAUUUGUAUGGUUUUGCACCAUCCAGAAAACAUUUGCAACAUUGUCACUACCUACAUGUCCACAGUAUCUCAGCAGACUAUGGAUCUUCUCCAUCUGAUUAGUCAGUUUCUCUUGUUCUUUAAAUCUUGCGUGACUCCAGUUCUCCUCUUUUGUCUUUGUAAACCAUUCAGCCGAGCUGUUUUGGAGUGUUGCUGUUGCUGUUGCGAUGAGUGCAUUCAGAAGUCUUCUACUGUAACAAGUGACGAUAAUGACAAUGAAUAUACCACAGAGCUUGAGCUGUCCCCUUUUAGUACAAUACGUCGUGAAAUGUCCACAUUUGCCUCUGUGGGAACUCACUGUUGAUUUUCUCUUUGUUCAGAAUUCUUUUUCCAACGUACAAUAAAAUUGGUUUGAGUUUAGGUUAAUUUCAGUUGGAUCCUAUUUUUAUUUU